CAUGGGUUGUAUUUGAAUGAAAGCUUUUGAAAUCCUGUAAAUGGAAGGCAAUACACAAAGCAAAUUCAAGAGAGUCUGUGUCUUCUGUGGUAGCAACUCUGGCAACAGAAAAGUCUUUAGCGAUGCUGCUCUUGAAUUAGGAAAUGAACUGGUGAAUAGGAGGUUAGAUUUGGUUUAUGGAGGAGGCAGUGUUGGGUUGAUGGGUUUGAUUUCUCAGAGAGUUUAUGAUGGAGGUUGCCAUGUUCUUGGGGUCAUUCCAACACCACUCUUGCCGCUUGAGAUAUCUGGAGAAACAGUGGGAGAAGUGAAAACUGUUUCAGACAUGCAUGAGCGUAAAGCUGAGAUGGCUCGACAAGCAGAUGCCUUUAUUGCUCUUCCUGGGGGAUAUGGAACCAUGGAAGAGUUGCUGGAGAUGAUAACAUGGUCACAGCUUGGAAUUCACAAUAAACCAGUUGGCUUAUUAAAUGUUGAUGGCUACUACAAUUCUUUGCUUGCAUUAUUUGACAAUGGUGUUCAGGAAGGUUUCAUUAAACCGGCUGCUCAGCAUAUAGUUGUAUCAGCUCCAAAUGCGAAGGAACUACUAGUAAGAAUGGAGCAAUAUAUUCCAAUCCACGAACAUGUUGCUCCGCAUAGUAGCUGGCAGAUGGAACAGUUGGGAGGUUACUCAAAGCCACUAAAUCCACCAUGACAUACUUCUUGGUGGGUGAUCUUCCAUCACUAUUUUGAUGUGAUUCUUUCUUUUUCCAUUUGUGUAUAAGAAUUUAUCCAAAUGGAAUUGCAUUUCUACUGCAAAUCGAACUUAAUAGGAUUUGCCACAUACUAUUGAUUUUCAUCACUGAGGAUGGUCAGUAGGGACUCUAUUCUCUAGUCUUAUAGGCUGUAGCCACUCAUAAUGGGUGAAGAUUUCAUAAGCAUAACCUUCCAGUAUGUGGUGGAGAUGUUUCUGUGAUGCAA